AUGAAGAUUUUUCAUCAGCCCAGGUUCAUUGUCAUCAACAGGCAAGCCAACUCACUGUACGCACUCCUCGCUGAUGGAAAAUACCGCGCAACCUCACUGGGUCGUAACACGUGGAAGACGCUUAUUGGUUCGCCGGCGUCCUUGCAGCAUAACUGCAACAAAGAAGGGUUCAAUACUAUGGGUAGUGAUAACGGCUCUUCCAGAGCAAGGAUUGGUUUCCUUGGGAAUAAUGAGGGAGACUGCGUAACCCCUGAUUCUAGAAUUGGUUUUGGUACGGGAGGAUAUCAUGAUGACACCAACACGUGUGGAAACGAGGCAGCUAAUGGCCCAUCUUCAGAUAAUGGAGGGAAACACAUCAAAACCAUGGGAUACAUUUUGGUGCAGUGA